AUGUGGCUCAAUAUCGGUACUUUGUUCAGCUUCUGUGCUAUAACAGGUGGCUUCGUUAAUGCAUACCAACCAAAUUAUCGAAUUUCUCCUAUCGAUGGCUCAAAAAUCGCACUACCAACAAAAGAGCAACUUCAAUUCCAGGAGAAAGAGAUCGGAGUUCUGAUUCAUUUUGAGAUUGCCACCUAUCUCAGCAUCGACGGUUGCAAUAAUGUGCCCAAUCUUGUCCCCAAUACCUCAUUGUUUGACCCAACUUUAUUAAACACAGAUGCGUGGAUGGAUACCAUUACCGCGUUGGGCGCAAAGUAUGCUACUUUGGUGGCAAAGCAUAAUUGUGGAUUCACAACUUGGCCCAGCGAAGUGACAUUCCAAGACCGAGAAAAUCAAACCGUCUCCUAUAACUACACAAUUGCUCAGUCUCCCGUGCGUGGUAAGAAUGUUGUCAGGAGCUUUGUGGAUUCUGCACAGAAAUAUGACAUCGGUCAUGGAUUUUAUUACAGCGUUGUCGUGAACAAUUAUCUGAAUGUGCAAAACUCUGAUGUCCGUCCCAACACCUGGGCUCCUGGUCAAGUGAAUAUUACAAACAGCACAUAUGACCAAAUUGUUUACGACCAAUUGAGCGAUCUAUGGAAGAACUAUGGAAAUUUAACAGAAGUGGGCAACGCCAAAAAUAGCUCUCAGAAGGACAAAAUUCAGGCUCUUUUGGAGGAGACUCAGCCCCAGGCAGUCAUUUUCAAUGGAUGUGAUACUAAUGGCACUUGUUUGUCCGAAAAUUCUAUCCGAUGGAUUGGAACGGAAGCUGGGCAAGCUCCAGAGGAGAACUGGUCCACUGGUGUCACAAACGACGGUGGGGACUCUACAAGUCCCUACUUCUGUCCGGCUGAGUGCGAUACUACUUUACAGACCGAUGAUAGGUGGUUUUUCGGCGUUGAUCAGCCGUUGCGAUCCAUUGAAGAAAUGAUCGACGUUUACCACCAGACGGUUGGACGCAAUUGUCUACUAGAGCUUGAUCUCACUCCUGAUCGGAGUGGUCUCAUUCCCGCCAGCUAUGCAGCUCGCUACAGGCAGCUCGGUGAUUUCAUUGGUUCCUGUUACGGCAAACCUGCUACUUCAAAUGCAGUCCAUUCAUCAACCAAAAAUGGGGAGUAUAGUAUCACUCUUGACUAUCCAACUGCUAUCGACCGUAUUGUUCUGAUGGAAGACCAAUCUGACGGUCAAGUGAUUCGCUCCUAUGAAGUCUUCGCAAAGAUCGUUGAUAGCCAGGAUGCAAAUGGCACUUUGAAUGUCCCCUUUACUUUGGUAUCGAAUGGCACAAGUGUUGGGCAUAAGAAGAUUGAUAUUUUCGAUCGGGCAAUUUCUACCACGGGGAUCUUCAUUAAUACAACCUUUGUCGAUACUCCAAAGUGGCGUAGCGUUUCGCUUCAUCUGUGUGAUCAAUUGGCAGCAAAUGGAACCUCGACUGAGGAUGACUAA